CGUAGUGUUACCGUAAGACAACGUUAACUGUCGCAAACAUUUAGUCCAACAACAGAGGUCACAACAAACCACUCAGCAUGGGAGGUGACCACGGCCACAACAAGAUGUCCAUGCCGGACUGGCGGCAGUGGAAGGUGGAGGGAACACCACUGGAGUUCACAAAGCAGAGACUGGCAGCCAGGGGCCUCAAGGAUCCGUGGGCGCGCAACGAGGCUUGGAGAUACUCUGGUGGCUUCGCUCGCGCUGUGACUCUGUCUGAUGUGCUGCUGAGAGGAUUCAAGUGGGGCUUUGCAGCCUUUACUGUGGCUCUGGCUGUCGAGUACGCCCUGUUCCCACCCAAGAAGGGCGGCCACUAAUGCUCCUCAUUGUCCCUCAAGCCCCAGAGUCUGGAGUCUAAUAGUAUUUUCUGUUUAUUAAAUGUUUUUGUGAUCACCC